AUGAAAAGACCAGCUGAAGGCCAGGAAAAUAAUGGUGAAACGUCGACGCAGCUUCAAAACAAGGAUUUAGAGGGGCACGAAGAAGUCAAGAAAGCGAAAACCUUACAAUUCGAGUCCACGUUUUUGCGGUCGAUUCCCGGAGCGGCUCAAUAUGAAAAAUCAUUUAUGCACAGAGACGUCAUCACGCAUGUCAUCGCAACACAAACCGAUUUUAUCAUCACCGCCAGCCGUGAUGGCCAUCUGAAGUUUUGGAAGAAGAAGUAUGGCGAGGGUGUCGAAUUCGUCAAGCAUUUUCGAUGUCAUAUGUUCCCAUUUACCGAUAUCGUCGUCAACUUCAAUGGAACGCUCCUAUGUACGAUUUGCGCAGAGGACAAGACUGUGAAAGUGUUCGAUGUCGAGAAUUUUGACAUGAUCAACAUGUUGAGAUUUGAUUUUUCACCCAGGGCCGCUGCGUGGGUCCAUCAAGGAUCGGAUCUCCUGAACCUUCUGGCAAUUAGUGAUAAAGACAGCAGCAAAAUCAUUAUUGUUGAUGGGAAGGGGACAAAGGAACCUCUUCACGUUUUCGACUCACUGCACCGAAAGAGCGUUCGCCUGAUAGAAUACAACCAUCGGCUUGACUUGGCAGUCUCCAUUGAUGAUGGCGGGAUGGUCGAAUAUUGGUGUGGCCAGAAGGAUGAUUUCCAAUUCCCGAACUUUGUCAAGUUUGACAGCAAGAUGGACACGGAUUUGUACGAAUUUUUGAAAGCGAAAACCCUACCCGUAGCAAUCGUAAUGUCACCUGAUGGGAAGCGUUUCGCUACGGUUGCCGAAGACAGAAAAAUUCGGAUAUUCGAUGUUCUCACCGGAAAGAUCGAGAAGCUGAUCGAUGAAACAGUUACGAAAUAUCUCGACGGGGCCAAGGAGAGCCGAAGUUAUGGCUUGCAAAGUAUGGAAUGGAAUCGAAGAGUUGCGCUUGAAAGAGAACUGGACAAGGAAAAGUCGGCAAACUUCCGCCACCUGAAGUUUGCGUGGGAUUAUUCGAGCAACUUCCUAAUUUACCCAUGCCCGCUCGGAAUUCGCGUGUACAAUGUGGUCACUGAUGAGGUGGUGCGGACGAUCGGACUAGAAGAAUCUGUUCGCUUCACGGCGGUGGCUUUAUGUCGCGCUGUACCGGAUAUCAGAGCGAGAUUACAAGGAGCUGCAGCAACGAUAGAAACCGAAGCGGCGGACAAUCCUAAUCUGAAUAAGCGAACUGAUCCCGAUCCGAUUUUGGUGGCCAUCGCCUACAACAAAUCGCGAUUUUACCUAUUCACAAAUCAAGAGCCCUAUUCCACCGAGGUUGACGAGGAAGGUGGUAUUGGCCGCGAUGUUUUCAAUGAAAAGCCUCGCAAGGAAGAGAUGGUCACAGCCCUGGACGACGGCAGCGGAUCAACAAAAUGGUCCGAAAAAGCUAUUGUCCAUACUUCCUACGGCGAUAUCCAUCUGCGUCUUUUCCCCGAGGAAUGUCCGAAGGCCGUCGAAAAUUUCUGCACACAUGCUCGACGUGGAUAUUACAACGGGCAUCUAUUUCAUCGCGUCAUCAAGGCGUUCAUGAUUCAGACUGGAGACCCUUCUGGAAAAGGUACCGGCGGUAACUCGAUCUGGGGCGAAGAUUUUGAAGACGAAUUCCACCCCCGCCUACGAUUUGAUGCGCCAUACAAGGUGGCUAUGGCGAACGCUGGCCCGAACUCCAACGGCUCCCAAUUUUUCAUCACUGUCGUACCCGCAGAGUGGCUCGAUGGAAAGAACACGCUCUUCGGAGAGUUGACUGAAGGCUUCAACGUCGUGCAGAAAAUCAACAACCUACCCACAUACGAGAAAAGCGGCCGCCCUAAGGAAGAAGUGAAAAUUAUUUCCGUUACUUUAAAG